AUGUUUGAGGUGUCAGGCGGAAAUCCAAACCUGCCAUGCUUACCUCUUUACCCGCAGGCAGCAUCUGCCUUGGAGUCGCCAUCAGCUCUCAUAACUCCACCUCCUGGCUUGCCCCCAAACAUAUCGCCAUCACCUCCCAUAACUCCACCUCCUGGCUUGCCCCAAAAUAUAUCUCAGCCUGCACCCAUUGUGGUAUCACUGCAGGACUUACCCACACCACUACAGAACUCACCCACACUUCCUCCAACCACAACAGUGUCCUCUGAGUCCACGCGAAUCCAGGCCCCAUUCAUGGAUUUCUUUCAGCCUACACCCAUCUUAGCUCCGCAGGACUCACCCAUGCUUCCUCCAGCCGCUCUUCCUUUGUCUGCUGCACCAGUCUCAUCCCCAUCUACCAUACCCGAUCAACAAAGCCAACCUCCUGCACCCGUCAAUGGUUCCAUUCUGCACAGGACCGGCCGACACUGUGUUCCAUCCUCGUGCAAUGUUAUUGCUAACAGUAUUGGCGAGAACUGUCUGAUUGCUAGCAAGCGCCAUGGACCGGCAGGCGAAGAUGGUGUCUCAGGUCACAAGACAUGCAUUGUUUUCGUCAUUCAUAAAUUCAGUAAAUCUAACUUGACAAACAGGAAACAAAAAGUUUAA